CAACCGCUGCUCUUCCUCGUCCCGUCGCCUUCGGGUCGAGCCGCCUGUGGGGCUGGCUUCGCUCGCUCGCUCGCGCGCACGGCUCGUUUUUAUUUGAAAGGCUUCGCAGGUACGAAGAGAACAGCGAAGCGGCGCCAUGACGGUGCCACUCACCGGACUCGGCUGGACUUCGUCCAACGUAGCAAGCGCCGGCUGGACUCCGAUCUUAUCCACUGUGGAAGGAUCAUCUGCCAACUUUGGAAAGGGAUUUGCGCAGAAGUCUGCGUACUACUUAUGUUAUACAUCAGCUAUAAACAGUGUGAACCCCACAGGAGAUGUAUUAUAUGAUGUGGCAAUCGUUACUGAGAAAUCACUGCUACCUUCUGGAUACACUUAUGUUAAAGAAUUUUUGGAACCAAAAAUCUCCAUCUCCAAGAAGAAGAGGCUGUGCGUCAAGCUGGUUCCGUUUGGUACAGCAGAUACAGCUGUGUUUGACAUCCUGCUGAGCAGCAAGAGCAAAGUGGUCCCGAACUACAUGCGCAUUGGGGAAAUGAGUGGAUUUGCCCUUUGGUGUAGAAAGGAGCAUGUUCUCAAGCCCAGACCCCUUCCCAAGCCACGCAACCUCAGUCUAGAAAUGAAGCAGCUUUUGCUGGAGUCAGAAAAGGUCGACCAUUCAUCAGAGACUCCCAUAGCUCCAUUUGGCCCCAAAAGACAAGCUACCAUUAAGCGUAAUGAGUCCAUAUAUGAAAGUUCAAACGUCUAUGGCAUUUCAGCCAUGGAUGGGGUUCCUUUCACCCUACACCCCAAGUUUGAGAACAGCAUCACUAAGGGCACUAAUGCUUGUUCUCUCUUUAAAAACUUCCAUAUCAAGUCUCUUGCUGACAUUGAAAAAGAGUAUGACUAUGGAUUUGUAGCUGAAAGAACUGCAGCUGCCAGACUCCCACCCAGCAUCUCAUAGCAUCAGCAAUUUCUUCCAGAAAGUGUGUGCAUUUUUGCCAUUCAGGGCCUUCAGAGUUAACCUUCAUUGAGGUGAUGGAACUGCUCUCCUAAAGGGAAUGAACUCUCUGGAAUACUGCUUUGGUACCUGAAGUUUGUAGAUUAUAAUCUUCCCUGUUGGAAGUUAACCGACUUCCCUGCACUAUAUUUUACAAGCUAAGCUUUUUAUACACACUUUUUCCAGCAUAUCACAAUUUUCUAUGCAAAACACUACUUUUUAAAAUAUUGUUUUGCAGGCAAAGCUAUUCCUGUACUUAUUUGUGCCUUUUCUAAGUUUCAGGUGUUCCGAAUAAGCAUUGGUAGGAUACAGAAGGGAAACUUUCAUAAAAAUGUGGAACCAAUAUUAACUAAAAGUGAAGAGAUGCAAGUUUGUUCCCCCUCUAGCCAGGUCCCUUCUGAAAACAGUUAACAAUAGAAUUAACUACCUCCUUAAGCCAUGGUAGGAAAAGGAAUUUUGUCAGAGUCAGAAAAUUUCAGCUAUAUUUCAAAACGCAGUGAUUGCCAUUUAAUUACCAAAUCCCAUGACCACCUUUCCAGGAGUGUAGGGGCAGUACAAAAGUCAACAGCUGCUAUCAGGUUUGGGAAACAUGUGAAAGUUAAUGUAGUUCCCUGCACAGCCUUUGUUGUGGUUUCCAAAGUAACGCAAUGGGAAGUUGCCUGCCAGUACCAAACUGGAGUAAAAGGGCUGUCCAAGAAUAAAUAUUCCUUUUGCAAUGCUG